AUGGAACGGCUACGCGUUCAACACUAUGUCGCCUACGAGAUUUGGAAAGGAAAUUAUUCAUCGCCGAUGGAAUGGAGGUUGAAAAAUGGGAACACAAAAGUUUUGGACAUUGGAAGUGGACCUGGCACGUGGAUUACGCACAUGGCUUCCACUUAUCAAUCCUCGGCAUUUGUCGGCGUCGACUUUUCUCCCAUAUAUCCAAAGCCCUCCUUCAAUUCCAUCUUUCUUCGUCACAACAUCCUUGAAUGCAUACCAUUUCCGGAUUCCUCUUUCGACUUCGUGUACCAAAGGUUUCUCGAGAUGUCAUUCGAUGAGGUGGGGUGGAAUAAUUUAUUUGCCGAGAUCGUGAGGGUGAUGAAACCGGACGGGUGGCUAGAAAUGAUGAAUUUCGAAUGGGAAUUAAUAAAUCCUGGACCCAACAUGAAAAAACUAGCCGAUGCAGUCGUAAAAUUCCACGAAUCAGAGAACAUAAAGAUUCCCACCAAAGUCGACCUAAAAAAUUAUUUUGAACGUACACAAAAAUUCACAGACAUCAAAAUUGAGGAGAGGUGUAUUCCGAUAGGCAGAUGGGCGGGUCGAAUUGGACAAUUCGCAAAAUCAAAUUUCAAUUAUGGAAUAAUGGGUCUGAAACCCUUCCUGCUGCCAUUCAUGAAUAUUACCAGCGAGCAAUUUCAAUCGUUGCUCGAUAACUCGGAAGAUGAGGUAGAAAUUUCAGAAGAGGGGAGUAUAGGAGAGAUUCAUGCAACUGUUGUAAAGGGGGAGGAGGCAAGUAAAGAGGCCGGGUGGUGUAUUGGUAUUCCCAUGG